CUCACAUGCAUUUGCACUACCUCAGGUAGGCUUGGACACCGUUCUAACUCUUAUGCAGAGAGAGCUCUGCCUCCAUCUUCUAUAUCCUAUUCAUGCAGUCAUAACUUUUAAUCGAAGGGCUUGCGCCACUUCAGUUUGCCGACAUGUCACUGAUCGAGUCUUCGACUAUACACUUCGUUUUCAAGCCAACAUAUCCUCACCUCACUUUGCUAGAGAAGAAAGCUUAAUCACAUCCUGAGUGUUGUCAGACCAUCCACUAGUAUCACCGCCAUGAAGACGUCUCUUGCUGCUCCCUCACUAUCAAGAUCAUUGGCAACCGGGCCAUUGUCCAGAAAAGUUGCGAACAUGAUGACUGCGAAGACUGUCGCUAUGGUUGUAAUCAAAAGCGCAUCGCGAAGGGCGGGGUUUACAAUACCCUAUAAGACCUCUCACUCACCAUGUGGUUUUCGAGAGAUGGAGGAGUGGCACGGCGGCUCUUUGUUCCAUUGCGUAGCUGUGGUAAGUGCUCGUCUCUGCAUUGAUCCGUGAAUCUUACCUUUGUACCUACUGUUCCUUGUCAGUGGUCUUGGCAGCGCCAGUUGUGAGUUUCGCCGCUCAGACACGAAAUAUUAAUAGGAUUGUUUCGCAGAAGAUAAUUGUGAUUUCGCGUAGGCAUGCAACUAUGCACAUGUUGGAAAAACGGUAUACGUUGG